UAUAAUUUUUUGGGGGUCUCAAAUUUUACUGUUUCAGCGAUGCUAUGUUUUAUAAAUCAAUAAAGAUUUUGCCUAUUUAAAUGAGAUACUGCUAGAACAAGGUUUGGCCACUGCUUCAAAAUUUUUCGUUAAUCGCAGCACGAACAGCUGCAUUAGCACUGGACGCCUACAGCUGGAAGGCAACGGAACUUCAACUCGACGCCACCAUAACAAAAACGUCAUUACGCUGCAGCUGCAGGUGCCGCAAGCUCCCACAAGCAACCACCAUCAACAACAAGCUACCAACCAGUAACACUGCUGCAAAGCAAUACACAAAUACUAGCUACACUUAGUACAACUCCACCAUGAGCCAGGCAUCUUCAAGUGCAUUCAAUACUAACCGCAAUAGAUAUUAUAAUCCCAUGACAAGAAUACAGUCGCUCAUACAGAAUCUGGAUGCGGAACUUAUCACGCUUUGCAAGCAGUGCUCCUUACCCAAGGACCCCGGCAGCAGCAACGGAAAUCUAGCAGCGCCAGGAAAUAUCCCAACGGCGCCCAAUAGCAUCAACAGUCUGUUGGCACGAGCACGCUCGUCAAGCAUUUCUAAUACGUCGCGCAACAUGCUGGCGCCGGAUGCACACAAACGCCAGUUGAGGAACACCUAUCGCACACGGGUAAUAGAUGCCUAUCGCAAUCGACGCAUAUUUACUGUCUACGGUAAUUACCAUACGGUACGGCGUGCGCUAAUGCGCCGCGGCUGGCUGGAGAAGUUGCCGGCAACACGGCUGGCCAAGCUGCAGACCAUGUCGGAGGAUUCACUGCUGGAGCAUGCGCGUCGCGGCAACGAUUAUGAAGCAGUUGUCAUAUCCAAAAUGAUAAACAACUUUCCCUCCUUCUUCAUCUGGCAGGGUAAGGGUCAGCGUGACAUGUUCGCCGAAGUCAAGCCCUUCCGCAAUCGCGUGCGGCGCAGUCAGUUCCUGGACUUUUCCACCAAGGUGGGCUUGGUCGGCUGUGCGGAGCAGGAGCGCUGGUUCCGCGAAGACGGCGUCUGCGGGAUGAGCUAUCCACGCUUCUAUCGCCUGGGCGCCAACAGCACGGAGGAGCGCGCCGCAUUCAUAGAGGACUAUCAUCAUACUCAAGCACGCUCGCUGCUGCGCUAUCUCAAGGAGCAUCGCCCAGGCAAUAUGAUAGAUCCAGAAAACGGAGUCAUACUCAACAGUACCUUGGACUUUGCCAUGAACAAGGUGAAGAACAUGAUACGCCAUGCUGAGCACUAUUCGCUGGAUGAUGCACGCAUCAAAAUGCCCACGCCCACCGAAAUGAUUGAGAAUCAAUCGUUUAUGACACAAUCCGCCAAGGUUCUGCAACAGAAUGCCAAGUUCCGCACAAGCGAAAAGUUGAUGGCAGAGUAUUCGCGUUUAGCAGCGCAGUAUUUGGAUAAGAUUGAAUCAUUGCGUCCAGAUUAUCGCUGGGAUGGCUGCCGCAAUCUCUGGAUUCUCAAGCCAGGAUAUCAGUCCCGCGGCAUUGGUAUUGUCAUACGCAGCACCCUCGAUGAUAUACUACAAUGGACAUCCAACAAUCAGAACCGCAAGUACAUUGUGCAGAAGUAUAUAGAGCGUCCACUAUUAAUCUAUCGCACCAAGUUUGAUAUACGACAGUACAUGUUGUUGACCAUUAGCGAUAGCCAGGUGACAAUUUGGACUUAUCGCGACUGCUAUCUGCGCUUCAGCUCGCAGGAGUUCACCAUGGAUGAUCUGCGCGAAUCCAUACACUUGACCAACAAUUCGGUGCAGAAACGUUAUAAGAAUAAACAGAAUCGCGACUCACGCUUGCCCAAGAGUAACAUGUGGUCAUUGGAGCAGUUUAGAAUGCAUCUGCGUCAUGUUGGCGCACCAGAUGGCACGUGGAAUAAGAUUUACAAGGGCUUUAAACAGAACCUGGUCGCAGUGGUGCUGGCCAGCUUGGAUGAAACGGAACUGGUGCCAAAUGCCUUUGAGCUUUAUGGCUGCGAUUUUAUGCUUGAUGAACACUACAAUCCCAUAUUGAUUGAGAUUAAUUCGACGCCCGAUUUGUCGCCCUCAACGGAUGUAACAGCGCGCAUAUGUCCAAUGGCACUCAAGGAUUGCAUACGCGUUGUCUUGGAUGUGCCCAGAAAUCCAUCGGCCCAAACGGGUCUCUUUGAGCGCGCCUUCCAGGUCAAUUACAAUGUAAGCAAAGAAGUGGAUGGCACCAAGCCUUUGGAGCUUAAUGGCACACAAAUGAAGCUCUUUGAAAAUCUGCCCAAGGUGAAACCAAAUCCACGCACUCGUCUGUUGCGCAAGAUUUUAAAUAAUGUCAAGGCGACAACAAGUCGUCGAUUUGGCAAGCAGGAGCGGACAAAGGAGACGCCAGCGAAGAAUGUUAAAAUGCUCAUGGCGAAUGUGAAGCAUAGAGUUAAAAAGGCUCGCACCAGCUCAAAUUCGCCCUCGUCUCAAGCAUCUGUAACGAAUGCAGUGAAAUCGGUGCUCAGCUCCACUGCGCGUGAGAACUUGGCGCUGCAGUAUACAGCGCCCAAAUAAUUACUUUUGUUUUCUUCUGCGGGUCGCACACAUCUAACUAUUUACGGCAGGCCAACGAAAUUCCAGUUAGUUCAUUUAAAUUCUCAAUAAUCAAAAUAUAAUUGUCAAGUGUUUCGUUCCCUGAGAGCAGCAGCAACAAAUCCCUAUGCAGAAAACUGACAAUAAUUAUCCAGCCAGAAUCCAAAUAAAGUAAUUAACAGAUUAA